GAAAAAUGAAAUCCCUUUUUAUAUUAUUAGUUGUAUUAAAUAUUUGCGUUGAAUUCAUUGCAUGUAUUGAUGUGAAGACAACAUCGGGUGUAGUGAGGGGUCAGACAAUAAAUGUGUUUGACAUAAGUAUUGACCAGUUUUUGGGUAUACCUUAUGCCGAACCACCCGUCGGGAGACUCCGGUUCGCCAAACCUGAACCCAUCAAAACACCCAAACCGGACAUUAUCGAUGCGACAAAACCGAAAAAUGCUUGCAUUCAAAGCCCGUCGCCAUUCUUCCCAAAUGUGACCACAAGUGAAGACUGUUUGGUAUUAAACAUAUGGACACCAAAUGCGGGCAAUAAUAACACAAACAAAUCACAGCUCAAACCCAUUAUGUUUCACAUACACGGAGGGGCGUUGACAAUGGGCUCAAUAUUUGCACCACCGAUAACUAAUGUGUUGGCCAUACAUGAUGUGGUGUAUGUCUCAACACAGUAUAGAUUAGGACAGUUGGGCUUUCUAUACGGGGAUUGGGAGGACGCGCCCGGAAAUGUCGGCUUUUAUGACCAGUUAUUGGCUCUCAAAUGGGUAUAA